GUCCGCGCAGUCGGAGAGCUGGCAGGAGGAGGCGCCGUCGAAGUCAUCCCGGUCGAAGAAAAAGAAGGACGACGAGUGGUGGGAGGAGACGCCGACCGAGGAGAAGGCGUCGAAAUCUUCGGGGCGACGGCGAAAAAAGCACGGGGAGGACGGAG